CCUCUUUCCUGAGUACCUGGACCCAGGAAAGAAGCAUGAAGUGGCUUGUGAUCCUUGGGCUGGUGGCCCUCUCAGACUGCUUAGUCAUGAUCCCUCUCACGAAGGUCAAGUCUGUCCGAGAAAGCCUCAGGGAAAAAGGCUUGCUGAAAAAUUUCCUCAAGGAACAUCCUUACAACAUGAUCCAGUUCCGCCUGAUGAAGAAUUCUUCCUAUGUCCGGAAAUUUGCUUCCCAUCCACUGAGGAACUACCUGGAUUUGGCCUACAUGGGCAACAUCAGCAUCGGCACACCCCCGCAGCAGUUCAGUGUCGUCUUUGACACCGGCUCAUCAGACCUCUGGGUGCCCUCCAUCUACUGCAAAAGCAAGGCCUGUGUUACACACAGGUCCUUCAACCCUUCCCACUCCAGCACCUUCCAUGACUGGGGCAAAUCCAUCACGUUGGAAUACGGCUCUGGGGAGAUGUCAGGAUUUCUUGGACAUGACACCGUUCGGAUCGGCCAACUCACCAGCACGGACCAGGCAUUUGGCCUGAGCAAGGAGGAGAUCAGUAGGACCUUUGAACAUGCCAUCUUCGAUGGCAUCCUGGGCCUGGCCUAUCCCAGCCUCGCCAUCAAAGGGACCACCAUCAUCAUCGACAACCUAAAGAAGCAAGACCAAAUUUCUGAGCCUGUCUUUGCCUUCUACCUGAGCACCAACAAAGAGGAGGGCAGCGUGGUGAUGUUUGGUGGCGUGGACAAGAAAUACUACAAAGGAGACCUCAAGUGGGUGCCCCUCUCAAAACCCCACUACUGGCAGAUCGCCUUGGACAGGAUCACCUGGAGAGGGGAGGUCAUUGGUUGUCCCCGCGGCUGCCAGGCCAUCAUGGAUACCGGGACGUCAUUGCUGAUUGGCCCAAGUAAAGCGGUGGCCAAAAUCCAUUCUCUCAUCAAUGCUGCGUACGUUAAGGAAGAGUAUGUGGUCCCGUGUAAUGCCAGGAAGGCCCUGCCAGACAUCGUCUUCACCAUUAACAAUGUCAACUACCCAGUGCCAGCUCGAGCCUAUGUCCAAGAGGAUGCUAGUAAUAACCUCUGCUACAGCGGCUUUGAUGGCAUCAUGGAUACCUUGAGCGAGAGUGACAGCUGGAUCCUGGGUGAUGUAUUCCUAAGGGUGUACUUCACCGUUUUCGAUCAAGGACAGAACAGGAUUGGCCUGGCUCCCGCUGUGUAAAUGCUGGAGCUGCUUCAAGAAACAGCCAGGCCCACACCCUAAACACACAUUCCCUCACACCUAGGGCAUUCUCGCCCAGGGAGCGCGGCUUGACGGCGUUCGGUGCUCUGAAAAGUCCUGUUCUCAGUAAAGAAUAAAGGAUUGCCUUUGCAA